AUAACAAUUCUAACGCAUCAUUAACAAUCAUUCCAUUAUCCAAUCAGCAUUAGACCAAACCCUACAUAAAUGCCAAACUUGACCUACCUGCAUUAUCUCACGACUUUAGCAUCCCUCCACCAUCCCGACAUCUCACCUCUUAAAUCUAUCUACCUGGAGGGCGCGUUCUGGGGCUGGGCUUGACACUUCACUCAAACCCCAACGUCUCUCCCUUUCCUGACAAGGGGAAUAAUACAAGUUGGGGUAUCUUUUCCAAGCUCAAACAUCUGUAAGUGUGAACUCCUGAAACAAAAAUAAAGUUCAGUGCCAGAGUGAAUAUGGUUUCUGUCCACUACUGUAGUUAACUGUAGACAGUUUUGUCUAGAUUUAGUUACAAAAUCUGCCCCACAACGAAAGUAAAACUCUUAAAUAGAAGUUUAGAUUUUAUAAAUGAACAUCGCAUGCUGGGAAAUGUAAUAAAGUAUUGUGUAAAAUGUUCUCAAAUCUACAAUGACAUCCUGUGAACAUUUGCCCAAACACAACAAGGUUCGAUUCCUUGGCAAAGAAACUUGUCACACAGGUUUUACUUCAGCUUGAUUGCCUCACUUGCUAUUUCGUUUUCUGUGGGAAUUCUUCUGAAUUCCCAGCACAGCAAAGUGCAUCAGUCAUUAAUAAUGAUUCUGUAGCAAGGCUGAGGUUGUCAAUAGAUGAGCUUAUUACAGCAAGCGUUGUGGUCUUCGGUCAGAGUUAGAGUUGUGUUACCAUGUUCCCUGCGUAUUGAUACAGCUGUUUGAGUCAACACGUGUCAGACAGGGCCAGUGUUUUUGGGGUCAGCGGAUGGCGAAGGAGAAUUUUACAUAACUGUCACGAGAUUGAGGAUAUUGUGCAGUUCAUGCUACAAGAACUCAAUUAGGAAGGUGAUGUGUUGGAAAGACAGGAUUGAUCAACUCAUUCAACUGAUACGCUGGUGUGGCUUGGGUUGUAUGUACGUGAAUGGAGAUCUGUACUGUGAGUUGGGAGAUUUAGAGGAACGGAAACAGAGCUCAGUUCAGGAGAUUGGAGAGGAGGUGGAGGACGGUGCCAUCUAUACCAUUACACUCCGAAAGGUGCAGCUCCACCAGACGGCCAGUAAGGGCCAGCGAUGGCUGGGCGUGGAGACAGACUCUGCCCUCAGUCUGUACGAGACGUGCAAGGGUCGAACCAUUAAGGCUGGCACACUGGAGAAACUAGUGGAGUACAUGGUCUCCGCCUUCAAAGGGAAAGACUACACUUACGUCACUAUUUUCCUCUGCACCUACAGAGCAUUUGCCACCACCAAACAAGUGCUAGACCUGCUGCUUAACAGAUAUGCCAAACUGCCAGCCUCAGGCAAGACUAAAGUCUCAGCAGAAGACCACACAGAGCUUAAAAACACUGUGUCAUCUAUCCUGGGUGCCUGGUUAGAUCAAUACUCGGAGGAUUUCUGGAGUCCUCCAGAUCACGAAUGCCUGCAGAGUCUCAUAUCCUACUUACAACUCAACUUCUCUGGAUCGGACCUGGAGAGACGAGCUUUAAACCUGCUGGAGCACUUCCAGCAUCGCCAACAGUGCGAGGUGGAGAUUGAAGGUGACCUGUGCUCCUGCCCCUUUGCCACACCAGAGGAGAGCAGUUUGGAGGAUGAAUUCUCCCCCUCACAUUUCAUGUCCUUCAGUCCUUCUAUAGUUGCUGAGCAGUUAACAGUCAUGGAUGCGGAGCUGUUUAAGAGGGUUGUUCCAUAUCAUUGUUUAGGGGGCAUAUGGUCCCAGAGAGAUAAAAAGGGCAAAGAGCACCUGGCACCAACCAUCCGUGCUACUGUUUCUCAGUUCAACAGUGUGACCAACUGUGUGAUCGCCACCUGCCUGGACAACAGGUCUCUCAGACCUUUCCAAAGAGCCAAGCGCAUUGAACAUUGGAUAGAAGUUGCCAGGAAAUGCCGUAUCCUGAAGAGCUUCUCCUCUCUGAAAGCCAUCCUGUCUGCCUUGCAGAGUAAUGCCAUCCACAGGCUGAGAAGGGCCUGGGAUGAUGUUUCACGGGAAAGCUAUCGAACUUUCCAAGAGCUGUCUGAAAUCUUCUCAGACGACAAUAAUUACUCACUCAGCAGAGAGCUUCUCAUUAAGGAGGGCACCUCUAAAUCUGCCAUAGUCGAGAUAAACCACAAAGGAGCCCAGAGGAGACACCAGCAGCAAAGAGACAUGGGUGUUGUGCAAGGAACGAUUCCAUACCUUGGCACUUUUCUGACUGACCUCGUCAUGUUGGAUACUGCUAUGAAAGACCAUCUGGAGGUCGGACUGAUUAACUUUGAGAAGAGAAGAAAGGAAUUUGAAGUGAUCGCUCAGAUCAAGUUGCUGCAGCUGACCUGCAAUUAUUACAACUUCAGCAGAAACCAGCGCUUUAUUGACUGGUUUAAGAGAGUGGAGAAACUCACAGAGACCGAGAGCUACUCUAUGUCGUGUGAUAUCGAGCCGCCGUCUGAGUCGUUGUGCAAAAAGAAUGGAGGCAUCAUGAAGCGCAUGAGCGAGGAGUCGGGCUACAGCAGCGCUGCGUCACACUCCAAGUCCUUUGAGCAGCCGCGAUUAAGCCAGUUCAAAGACUGCUUUAAAGAUGGAGCUGAUUCCCUCAGCCUCACCUCUGCAGGAUCCAGUGGCUCAGAUGCAGACGAGAGUCUCAGCCUGCUCAACUCUCCUGAAUCAGGCAGUCAGAGAACAUCCACACCAACUGUGAAACACUCAUCAACCUCAGAAACAGGAGAGCUCCCGUCUGAUUCCUCAACCAAGCUCUGGGAAUCACCCACCCCAUCAUCUCUGGAGGCGUCUGGAUCAGGCUUGUGUUUAGAGUCAGGCUGCAGCAGCUCCACAUCUUCCUCCUCUUCCUCCUCGUCCUCAGUCUCAGCCUUCACAGGACGGACCUUCAACUUUCACAAGCGCUCAGUCUCUGGCAUCUCAGACUACUCGUCUCUCAGUCUGCCGCUCUACAACCAGCAGGCAAACGACUGCUGCAUCAUCAGAGUCAGCCUGGACUCAGAAAACGGCAACAUGUACAAAAGUAUCCUGGUCACUAGUCAGGACAAAACCCCUGGGGUCAUUAGGAAAGCCAUGGCCAAACACAACCUGGACAAUGACAAAUCUGAAGACUAUGAAUUGUUACAGAGGGUCUCAAAGCAUAAAGAACUCAGAAUCCCAGAUAAUGGAAACGUUUUCUACGCCAUGAACUCAACUGCCAACUACGACUUCUUGUUGAGAAAGCGUGGCGUCCCAAAAACCUGCCGCUCGAAAAGCUCCCCGAGCCUGACUCUACCACGCAUGAAGCAGAAAGGCUUCAAAAUCCCCAAGAGCUUCUUCUGAAAAGACUCUGAAGCUGUUGGAGAUCAUCCAGAGUCACUUUAUUAACCCCAACAGUAUUAUCUGGAUCUUUUAUCCAAUGGAUUUUUUGCGUUACCGAGCUUCUGUUUUCUGAAAGGAAGCGACCCCUGCGUUUCCUGUCCUUUGGAGCUUCUACAACCGCCAACUGUGGUUCUUACAAGGUUUACCUUAAGACUGCACUUAAGAGCCACAUUCAUGCAUGAGCACACUAAACAAAAACAUUUCAAGCACUUUAGAACGGUCCUUAAAGCAAGAGAUUUGUGGUCCUCUGUCCUUUUCAAAUUCAAAAUGAAUUGACGUUUUUGCUUCAUCUCUGCCACUGGACUCAGUAGCAAAAUCUCUCAAACAUUAGGACUGCUCAUGGAAUAGUGACAGUAUUACAUGUACAGUACAAAAUGUGUAAAGUGUACAGCCGUUUGUUUGUUUGUUUGUUCUUUAACAUGGCCCUUUUGACUGUUGCUGCUGCCAGUUUAGCUUGCCUGUUUUCCUCUAACUGAUUACAGUCUGAAGGGGUGUGCAAUAUUUAUCAUCUGCGAUAAUAUUAUAAUUGUCAUGUGAGCUCACAUUAUGCGGUAUGUCAACUUAUUAGGAAAAUAUUAAACAGAAACACAUCCAUAUACCAUUAAAAUGACCUUAUUAUCCAAGUAUUGAAAGCAAUAUCCCUUCAUGGGUUUUGCUUGAAUUUUUUUUCUUUUUUGUUAAUUAAUAUCACACAAGUCAACUAAAUUUGCGGCUAAUGUUAGUUCAUCUCUACACUAGAGUCUUUAGUUUCUGAAUGAAUUGAAUGAAUCAUUUGAGUUAAUGUUUCACUGAUUCAUUAAUGCUUCAUUUUUUGUUUCAUGAAGUAACCACUUUCAACAAAUCAUUCAAAUGAUUCGAAAGUCUAAUAUAAUGCAGUUAGAACUACAAUUUGUCAAAAAAGCUAAAUAUUUAACAAUAUAUAUAUGUUAAAUAUGUUGUAAGUAACAAAACAUGGUUUGUGUCUCAACACUACAGUGUUUUGCCUCUGAAUGAGUCUCUUUCUGAACAAAUCAUUUGAGCUAAUGGUUUAAUUUGAGUCAAUGCUUCAGGGAUUCAUUAAUGCUUGCUUCAUGUAUUAGCCGUUAUGAACAAAUCAUUCAAAUGACUCAUGAGUCUAUUAGAACGCAUUUAGAAUGACCCUGUAUGUUAUCAGGAAAGCAAAAUGUUUAACAAUAUAUAUGUUUUAGCUGUCAAAAGCAAAGGCAAAAAUAUUGUGGGCCAAUCAUUUGAGCCAAAGAUUCAAUUUGAGUCAAUGUUUCAAUGAUUCGAUAACACUUACUUAAUUUCUUGCGUCAUGAAUUAGCCAUUUUUGACAAAUCGUUCAAAUGAUUCAAAGGUCUAAUAGAACGCAAUUAAAACAAAGCAAUAAUUUGUCAGGAAAGUUAAAUAUAUAACAAUAUAUAUGGUAAAUAUGUUUUAAGUAACAAAACCCAAGGCCAAUGUUUGUGUCUCAACACUACAGUGUUUUGCCUCUGAAUGAGUCUCUUUCUAAACGAAUCAUUUGAGCUAAUGAUUCAAUCUGAGUCAAUGUUUCAGUCAUUCAUUAACUUUUACUUCAUGUAUUAACCAUUUUGAACAAAUCAUUCAAAUGACUCAAAAGUCUACUCUAAGGCGUUUAGAACGACCCUUUAUAUUGUCAGUAGAUGCAUCCCAAUUCGCAUACUUAUGCACCAUUCGACACCAUUUUGUAGUAUAAAUAGUCCAAGUAGUGCAUUCACAAUGAAAAAAAUUUAGUAAAACCGAAGGUCAAUGUUUGUUUCUCAACACUACAAAGUUUUAUCAGUGAAUGAGUCUGCUUCUGAAUGAAUCAUGUGAGCCAAUGCUUUAAAUAUCCAUUAGUAUGUGCUUUAUUUCUACAUUAAUGACUCAUUUUAAAUGAAUCAUACUUUCUCAGUGGGCAUGACAUUUCAAUUUACUUUUUGACCACUUUCUAUACAGUAGUAUGACUAUAUAUAUAGGAGGCCAUUUUGCAUAACUCAUGACCUACAAGCUACAGUUUUCGUGGCUUCACUUCUACUCACAAAUCCUUUUCCUUGGCCUUACGGGAUAGUAAAUAGUUCUCUGCUCAUAUAGUGUUUGUUUUUAACACACUAUACAGUAAGAAAGAUGUAAUGAAGUACUUGCUGCCACCUGCUGGCAGUUUUGUUGUCCGUUUAUUAAUCCAUGACAGAUCUAAACAAGUCAACGUAACAACACACUCAGCAAAAUAUUGUUUAAUUAUCAUUCAUUCAUUAUUUUUUUCAGCUUAGUCCCUUUAUUAAUCAGGGGACGCCACAGCCGAAUGAGCCGCCUAAUAAUUAUCGUAUAUAUUGCACACCCUUAUUUCAGGCAUCAAUUGGUUCACUCGAGACUGAAUGAUUCUUUUAUGACUGCUAUAGAAGUGACUUAGUUUCCUUUAUGACGAAAGGUUUUACAGAGUCGUGUUUGAGCAGGAGGAGAUGACAGGUCUGAGAUGCAGGAAUCACGCUGUUAUUUAUGGCUAUUAAAUAACCAUAAGUAAUAUUACUAAUGCUUUUUAAUGCAUACAAAAUAUAUCGAUGCCAAAGCCGUUCUCUUUUAUUUGCAGCCGUGUUUCAUAUUAUAAAACGCUGUAAACUCAAAAGGCUUUUUGUACCAAACACUGUGAGUGGCUUCACCCUGCUACGCCUUUUUGCAUUGUGAACUUAAAGGGAUAAUUUGCCCCAAAAAUGAAAAUUUACUCAGCUUUUACUGUUUUUUUUUUAUCUUUUAAACACAAAAGCAGUUUUUUCAAAGAAUUUUGGAACCCGAUGACCAUUGGCAUUCAUAGUUGGAGGUUUCCAACAUUCUUCAAAGCAUCUUCUUUUGUGUAUAACAGAAAAAAGAAAAACAAAUAUUUGGAACAACUUCUUUUUUUUCAUUUUUGAUGGAAUUUUCCCUUUAACUACAUCCAUGAGUGCUCUCUUAAUAUGUGUUUCAGCAUGAUGAGGGAAUGUUGUUCCCUUCAGGAGAGAUUUUCAGAAUGUUGGUGUGUGUGUGUGUGGUAAAAAGGAUUUAUAUUGUCAUACGAUGAGAGAAAUACACCAAGAGUUUGGUGUAUUCUUCUGCCAUGUAACUGGAGCAAAAUAUAAAUUGUGCUUUGCUUAUAAUUUCUGAAAGUGCACGGAGAACUGAUAUGCCAAUAGUGAUUCCACUCUUCAAAUAUCUCCUUGCUGUCAGGACGCUGCGAACAUGAUGUGAAAUGUUUCUGCCUGCAGCUUGUCGCUCGACACACGUGCCAUAUCUAUUCACACUGCAUUUUCUAUUUGUUUUGGUUCCCCUUUUUGUAUCCUUUUGUAUGUCUAAAUCUAACUCCGAAUGUUCUUGUCAAACUUUGAAUGUUGCCCCGUUUUUAUUUAUUUAUGUUUUUAAUUGUUUUAUUUAUAAUUUUAUCGUUGCAAAGAUAAAUUAAUAAAUGCACCUUUGUAUGUACAAACAAGCACUACAUUUUUUAAAGAACUUACAAAUAAAUGUGGGGGGCGCUGAGACGCCGAUACUUGA